CUCGCAAAGCCGGGCGGCGUGCCGCGAGUUGGGAGUUCUCGGCGCGCCGCGGGCGGCGGGAGCUCGGGCUCCCGGGCAAGCCGGGGACGCGGCAGAGGCGGGGGCCUGGGUCCGAGACCGCGGGGGCCGCACCGAGAGUGGGAGGGAGAGACAGAGGCAGGGACCGGAGCGAGACAGAGACACGCAGGGGAGAGACAGGGCAGGGGUAGAGGAAGGCAGGGGACAGACUGGGAAGGCGACGGAGACGAAGACAAGGACCGGCAGGGAGAGACCGAGAGACCGAGGGGGCAGGAGAGACCGGGAGAAACAGAGAGCCGAGGGCGCGGCGGGGGAGGUGGAGGCAGAGCCGGGGCUGGCCGGCCGCGAGGGUCUCGGGGCCAGAGGCGAGCGCAGCGGGGCAGGGAGCGGAGCGCAGGGCGGGGGACAGCGCAGAGUGACAGCGAGAGAACAGUGGGGGCGGCGGAGGGAAGGCGCCUGCGGCGGGGGCGGGGGGCGCCAGCGCCAUGGGUCCCCGGACCCCCGCGCUCUGAGCCCCGGCCCGGGGCCCGACGAUGCUGAAGCCGAGGCGGCGCCGAGGGCGCGGCGCGGGGCAGCGCUGAAAGUUGGGCGGCCCGCGGGGAGCGGCGCGGGACGGCCCGGAGGCCGCGAGACCCGGGGACCGACGGACAGACCUACAGGCAGCCGGGGAGGGGGGCGGGGCCGGCCCGCCGAGUUCGCGGGGAGGGGGCGCCGGGACACCCUUCUCCCCGCCCGGGACGCCGCCCGCCCGACUGCGCCUGGGAUGUAGCGCCCGCUGGCCGCCUCCCGGAGACUCGUCGGACCCUGCGCCCCGCGAGCCACAGGUGGCCAGUGGCUGCCGAACUGGACCGCGCAGGAGAAUGUCCGGCCCCCGAGAGACCCAGAAGGGCAGAGGCUGAACCCAGGGAGGCCCUGCGUCUUCCCAGGUGACCACGCCGGCUUCAGGACAUGCACGGGCACAGCCGCAACGGGCAGGCCCACGUGCCCCGGCGGAAACGCCGCAACCGCUUCGUCAAGAAGAACGGCCAAUGCAACGUCUACUUCGCCAACCUGAGCAACAAGUCGCAGCGCUACAUGGCGGACAUCUUCACCACCUGCGUGGACACACGCUGGCGCUACAUGCUGAUGAUCUUUUCCGCGGCCUUCCUUGUCUCCUGGCUCUUUUUUGGCCUCCUCUUCUGGUGCAUCGCCUUCUUCCACGGUGACCUGGAGGCCGGCCCGGCGGGGGCCGCGGCGGGGGCCCCGGUGGUGGGAGGCGGCGGGGCGGCCCCGGCGGCCCCCAAGCCCUGCAUCAUGCACGUGAACGGCUUCCUGGGUGCCUUCCUGUUCUCAGUGGAGACGCAGACGACCAUCGGCUACGGGUUCCGCUGCGUGACGGAGGAGUGCCCGCUGGCGGUCAUCGCCGUGGUGGUCCAGUCCAUCGUGGGCUGCGUCAUCGACUCCUUCAUGAUUGGCACCAUCAUGGCCAAGAUGGCGCGGCCCAAGAAGCGGGCGCAGACGCUGCUGUUCAGCCACCACGCGGUCAUCUCGGUGCGCGACGGCAAGCUCUGCCUGAUGUGGCGCGUGGGCAACCUGCGCAAGAGCCACAUCGUGGAGGCCCACGUGCGGGCCCAGCUCAUCAAGCCCUACAUGACCCAGGAGGGCGAGUACCUGCCGCUGGACCAGCGGGACCUCAACGUGGGCUACGACAUCGGCCUGGACCGCAUCUUCCUGGUGUCGCCCAUCAUCAUCGUCCACGAGAUCGACGAGGACAGCCCGCUCUACGGCAUGGGCAAGGAGGAGCUGGAGUCGGAGGACUUUGAGAUCGUGGUCAUCCUGGAGGGCAUGGUGGAGGCCACUGCCAUGACCACCCAGGCCCGCAGCUCCUACCUGGCCAGCGAGAUCCUAUGGGGCCACCGCUUCGAGCCCGUGGUCUUUGAGGAGAAGAGCCACUACAAGGUGGACUACUCGCGCUUCCACAAGACCUACGAGGUGGCCGGCACGCCCUGCUGCUCCGCCCGGGAGCUGCAGGAGAGCAAGAUCACCGUGCUGCCCGCUCCGCCGCCCCCGCCCAGUGCCUUCUGCUACGAGAACGAGCUGGCCCUCAUGAGCCAGGAGGAAGAGGAGAUGGAGGAGGAGGCCGCGGCCGCUGCCGCCGUGGCCGCGGGCCUGGGCCUGGAGGCAGGCUCCAAGGAGGAGGCGGGCAUCAUCCGGAUGCUGGAGUUUGGCAGCCACCUGGAUCUGGAGCGCAUGCAAGCCACCCUCCCGCUGGACAACAUCUCCUACCGCAGGGAGUCCGCCAUCUGACCUCCAGGCCCGCCCUCUCGCUUCCCACCAGAGCCUCUUCCGGGGGCGCGCUGCCAGGACACCUCCACCGCACUCAGGACAGAGUGGCUCACCCUGGCUCCACGGACCUUCUGGAGAGAGCUGGGGGCUUCAGAGACCGGGAGACCCCUUCCUACUGACUCCAGAACCCAGGCCUGGGAAAGGGCCAGGAUACCCUCGGUCUGGUCAGCCUGGGUUCUCCAGCACCUACCCACUGGCGGCUCAGGAACCCCAGACCCACCACCCUUUCCCCACCGACCCUUCAAGGACAUUCCCCCUUUGCUCUCAGAACCUUGGGGAAGGCGGCUGGACUGUCGGGGGGUGGGCAUC